AUGUAUGUUAAAAUUGAAACGGAAAGAUUAACAUUCAUCAGGUUGAAUCAAACCAAACUCCGAUCUGAAGAGUAUAUUCACCUUCGAGAUGCGAUUAAUACUGAUGGAAAUGCACAGAAUGUCGGUCGGAUGACUAUUCUUCCAGCAACAUACAUCGGAAGCCCUCGGCAUAUGCACGAAUAUGCUCAAGAUGCCAUGUCGUAUGUUCGUCAUUAUGACACGCUGCUGGAUGUAUUCUGUGGAGUGGCAGAAACGAGGAUUGCCACAUGCACACAUUUGAUUUGGUUGGUUGAAAAUAUAAGGCCAAAUGAAGUUGAUGCAGUGAUAUCAGCUGAAAUCCCUAAUGUACAAGUAGAUCCUGGAUUGCAUGAGGUAGUUAUCAAAAACAUGAUACAUGGUCCCUGUGGAACUCUUAAUCAAAAUUCACCGUGUAUGAUGAUGGAUGGUAAAUGUUCAAAACGAUAUCCACGGACAUUAAUAUCGGAAACAAUUACUGGUAAUGACGGUUAUCCAUUGUAUCGUCGCAGAUCGACAGCAGACAAUGGAAAAUCAACAAUUGUCAAAUUAAAUCAACAAGAUAUUGAAAUAGAUAAUCGUUGGAUUGUUCCAUAUUCACCCAUUUUAUCAAAGACAUUCAAAGCACACAUCAACGUUGAAUCUUGCCAUUCAGUGAAAUCUAUUAAAUACAUUUGCAAAUAUGUAGCCAAAGGGAGUGAUAUGGCUGUGAUUGGAAUUGGUGCAGAGAAUUCCAAUGAUGAAGUUACCCAAUACCAAAUGGGCCGCUAUGUCAGUAGUAAUGAAGCAGUUUGGCGAAUAUUUUCUUUUCCUAUUCAUGAGAGACACCCUUCUGUUGUUCACUUAGCUGUGCAUUUAGAAAAUGGACAAAGAGUGAGAUUUAUACGACGGAAACAAGGAAAACCAGUUCCAGGAUAUACAGAUGUAUAUUCCACCGAUGCGAUUGGCCGGAUUUAUUCAGUACAUCCAAGCAAUGAUGAAUGUUUUUACUUACGACUGCUAUUAGUCAAUGUACGUGGCCCAACAUCAUUCCAACAGUUACGAACUGUUGAUGGUGAAUUGUGUGUAUCCUACAGAGAAGCCUGUCAACGUUUGCAAUUGCUUGAAAAUGACGCUCAUUGGGAUCAAACUCUCAAUGAUGCUGUAAUAUCAUCACACGCUCAUCAAAUACGAACAUUGUUUUCUAUAAUCAUAUCUACAUGCUUCCCAUCAAGCCCAAUUGAUUUGUGGAUCAAGUACAAAGAUUAUGUGUGA